AUGGACCAUAUUCCACGUCUAUCAGAGAUCCUGUAUGUAGGUCUAUCUUGUAAGAUAGGGACACAGACAGAAGUGGCAAUCAGAAGGGACAUAAAAGACAUAGAGGACAUCAUUAUGAAUGCGGUUUAUGCAGUAACAAAAUCUGUAUGGAUGUACAGUGGUAGUUAUAGAGAGGGAUUCAGGCUUGAAUCAUCUGAUAGGGAUGUGAUGACGUGGCCUUGUAAUUAUAAACUUAUAACUGAUAUCUCCCAAGCUAGGCUUUACAAUGCAACAAAACAUAAUAUCAUACUAAUUGAAGAUUCUGACACACCACCAGGAUUUGUCAGACUGCGUGUCCUGACACCCAUAAGGAAUAACAUGACACCAGUUCUUGUUUCCUUUAACGGCGGAGUUUAUAUAUCUAGUUUUUUAUGGAGAUAUAACUAUUUUCAUUCCCUUGCCAAUGAUAGCUUUUUUAAUCAGAAGAAUAUAACAAUCCAUGGUCCAUGUACUAAUCUCUUGGAAGGAUCUACUGAAUAUGAUAAUGCCCUUUGUUUUGCCACUUUUUACAUGCCCGAAUCAUUACGAGGUUGGAUUGGUAGAUGUCAAAGACAUACUUGGCCGCCCUUACCGGUGUUGGAAAAAAUUUUAAGAAAUGGGUGUCACUGUGUGGCUAUUGAAAGUAAAAUUGUAUCGCCUUCUAACGAAUUGGAAUGGAGAUUAUCGUUUUCCCAAGCCGAACAUCAACUUGUAUGUACUAUGAAUCAUACACAAUUUCUAUGUUACGGACUUUUGAAAAUUUUUCUGAAGGAAGUUAUCAAUAACAGGAGAGAAACUGUAUUGUGUUCCUAUUACAUGAAGACAACGAUGUUCUGGUUAAUGCAAUUGGGGCAUAUAAGAUGGUGCCCUAAUAAUCUGCUCGAUUGCUUUUGGAAGUGUUUCAAAUAUCUUAUUCAUUGUGUUUAUCGAGGAGUGUUUCCCAAUUUUUUUAUUCCACAGAACAACAUGUUCAUAAACAAAAUAAUCGGCUGUACACGUGAUUCUCUUUUAGAACAGCUAUACAAGUAUUGCAGAAUGGGUUUGUCCUGUCUACUGCUUAGUCCGACUCUAGGAAUAAUCUUAGAAAUAGCCCUCAGUAACCCGUCAAUUCCAGUAUCCACUGCCUGCUGA